UUCAUGCGCGUUGAUGUAUGUCCUAGAGAUAAGAAAAUUUUUCACUGCAUAUAUGUGAUAUUUAUUAACAAAUAUUUAAAUAUUGAUAAAAUUAUUAUUUAACGUGAUGUAUACCGAUUGCUAAUUGUGAAAACACCUACUGUUCGAAGUAUAGUAGUUUCGUUAAGAUAAAUGUAAAAUGGAAACGAAUGAACGAAAUCAUUCCAUAAAAUUACCAGGUGCAGUUGAAGUAUUUGCAAAUUUGAAAAAUGCUCAAAAAUUUGCUAUUGAUAUUGGAUUAUCUUUGACAAAAAUAGCUUAUUAUUCAACAAUUAGUUAUCGUAAAGCAUUAUACGAGGAUACAGGUUUAGGAAAUACUGGAGAACGUACAUACAAAGUACAUGAAGGCAAUAGACUUCAUUUUGUUAAAUUUGAGACUAGAUACCUUGAAAAUUGUUUGGAUUUUGUAAAAAAAAAUUUAGUAAAUGUUGAAAGAUUUCAUGGCAAAAAUAUUAAAGUAACUGGUGGAGGAGCAUAUAAAUUUAAUUUUUUGCUACAAGAAAAAUUAGGUUUAAUAAUUGAUAAAGAAGAUGAGAUUGCAUGUCUAAUAAAAGGUUGUAAUUUUUUACUAAAAAAUAUAUCUUGUGAAGCAUUUGAAUUUGAAAGAUAUGGAAAUCCUGAAUAUAAAUUUCAAAAAGCUGGUCCUAACAUAUUUCCAUAUAUGUUAGUAAAUAUUGGUAGUGGUGUCAGUAUUCUUAAAGUUGAAUCUGAUGAAGUAUUUGAAAGAGUUGGUGGUACAGCUACAGGAGGAGGAACAUUUUGGGGAUUAGGCUUUUUGCUCACAAAAAAAAAGGGCUUUGAUGAAUUGUUGCAACUUGCAGAAAGAGGAGAUCAUCGUAAUGUUGAUAUGUUAGUGAAAGAUAUUUAUGGGGGUGAUUAUGCUUCUCAAGGUUUACCUGGAAAUCUUAUUGCAGCUUCUUUUGGCAAAGCUACUUUUUAUAAUAGUGAUGGACAACCAAAAUAUUCUGAAGCAGAUCUUGUUAGAAGUCUUUUACUUACCAUAAGUAAUGAUAUUGGACAAAUAGCAAGUUUACAUGCAACUAUGCAUAACAUGAAUAAAGUUUAUUUUGGUGGUUAUUUUCUUCGUAAUCAUCCUCUAUCAAUGCAUACUAUUUCAUGUUCCAUCAAAUAUUGGUCUCGUGGAAAAGUGAAACCUCUUUUUCUUCGGCAUGAAGGUUAUCUUGGUGCAAUUGGAGCAUUUUUAUAUGGUGCUGAACAAUCUAAUGAAUAUAACUGGUUGGAAAAUUAUGCUGGAUCUUCAGGAUUUAAAGAUACAGCAUGCACUAAUCUUGGAAUUAAAAUAGAUCAAUUAGAAAUUGACCAAGCAGAAACUGCUGUUACAUUUUGUCCACUUUUGAAAGAUCCAGCUUCUUAUAAUCCUGAUACAACUGAUCUUGCCGAAGAUAAAGAAGCUAGAGAUUAUUGGCUUCAAUGUUUUGAAGAAUCAGUAGAUAAAUUCAUAGCUAGAGCUCUUCACAGUCAACCACAUAGUCCAACUGCAAAAGAUAGAGCAACAAAAUUGAAGAAAAAAUAUGUCGACAGGUUGCAUUAUCUACAUCUUGAACCAUUUGCUUAUGGGACACUUACAGUGAGAGUAUUAUUGGACACUAUUGAACAUUGCAUGAAGGAAUUCGAUUUUCCUGAUCCUUAUUUAUUUCAAAAGAAGAAAGAAAAUGAAGAAGCUUUAAAAUAUUUAAAAAGUCGCAUAAUAACUAUUGAUAAAUUGGAAGAAGCGGAAAAAAUAAAGGCAUUAAUAUUGGGAGUUUUGAGUGGUAAUAUGUUUGAUUGGGGUGCACAAGCUGUUGCAACUUUGAUGGAAACAACAGAUUUUGGUUUUGCCGAAGCUCAAGCGAAAAUACCGGGUAGACCUUGGUUAGUUGAUAAUUUGGAUGAUUGGAUAGAAAGAUUAGAAAUAGGUAUACCACAUAAAUGUGCUGCUAUCUUCGUUGAUAAUAGUGGAGUUGAUAUAAUAUUAGGAAUUUUACCAUUUGCUCGUGAUCUAUUAUUACGAGGAACAAAAGUUAUAUUAUGUGCUAAUUCUAUGCCAGCAUUAAAUGAUGUUACAUAUUCAGAAUUGGUUGUAACAUUACGAGAUGCAUCGAACAUAUGCAAAGUUAUUAGACGUGCUCUAAAAGAAAAUCGUUUGAUUGCUAUGGAGACUGCUCAGGCUGGACCUUGUCUUGAUUUAAGCCGAUUGAACUUAGACUUAUGUCUUGCAAUGGUGAAACAUGAUGUUGAUCUUAUUGUAUUGGAAGGAAUGGGUAGAACACUUCAUACGAAUUUUCAUGCAAAGAUGACUUGUGAAUGUUUAAAAUUAGCAGUUGUUAAAAAUCGAUGGUUAGCGCGUCGAUUAGGUGGUGAUAUGUACGCUGUAAUAUGUAAAUAUGAAAAGCCAAUAAAAAUGAAAAUUCAAGAUAUAAAACUAGAAAAAGAAUGUCCAGUAGAAUGUGUAGAGAAUAAAAUAGAUAUUUGCACAUGCGAUAUAAAAGAAUAAAUAAUAAAAAUAAAUCAAAAAUUGAAACAUUACAGUAUUUCUUUAUUUUUUAUUUAGGUAUGUAUAUAAA